GGCCGGCUUGCAUGUGCUUUAAAGCUUAAACCAUGUCUGAAUGAAUUAAUGAGUAAUUGAAAUGAAAGUUGGGGUGCAAAGGUUUGAGCUUCACGUGAUUUUUGCGGCAAACUUGAAUAAUACUCGCAUUGAAAAGCUAGCUAGGUAGCUUAAGUUGAUGAUAAUGAAUUUUCACUUGCAAGGAUAAAAGAAAGAUGGAAAGUUGCAGUCAUGAGAAAAAGCCCCCUGGACCUGGUUAUUAAGUUAUUAUGGAGUAGUGGGGAAAGGUUUUUUCCAUUAGAAAGAGCACAGUGGGAGUGGCAGUGGGUGUGUGGAAGUAGUAGAUUAUUAAAGCGCGUGUAAUUAGAUAAAGUUAGAGUUAGUAAUGUAGUAUUUUUAUAUUUGUUGAAAAGAAAGGGUGGGUUUGUGUUUGUGUAUAAAAGGGGACAUUUACAUUCCUCUUUUCCCGCUUCCUAAACCAGAACAAGAAGACAUGGCUGCUACUUCCAACACCACCUACGGAGCCGACCCGACAACGCCCAACACCACCUUCGUCCAAGCCGACCCUUCCAACUUCCGCGCAGUCGUCCAGAAGCUGACGGGCGCCUCCGACCACCCCUCCGCCCAGAAGCUCCCCCUGACCCUCCCCUCCCGCAUGGCCCACUCCCAGAGGGCCGACCAGGUGGGCCCCAAAAAGCCCAACUUCAAGCUCCAGGAGAGGCGCGGGAAGAAGCUGGAGCUGAGCGUGGGCGUGGCGGAGAGAAUGAUGAUGGUGAUGGCCUCGCCUGUUUCCCCACUGGAGAUGUUGGCGCGUGGGAGUGGGAGUGGGAGCCCACGCACCCCCCACGAGGAGGAAGAGGAGAGAGCCAUAGCCGAGAAAGGGUUCUACUUGCACCCUUCUCCUCUCUCCACUCCCAGAUCCCCUCAGCUUCUCCCUCUUUUCCCUCUCCAUUCUCCCACUCACACCAACAACAACCAUUCUUGACCACCUUCUUCCUUAUCAUUUUUUUUUUUUUUUUUUUUCUCUUCUCUUUCCAAAUACAAUCUAUCCUUGUACUCUACUACUCUUUCUACCUUAACACUCCUGUGCGCUACUCCACCUUUUUAUUUAA